AUGGAGUGCAUUGCACUGGAUAAUCAGCCGUUUUCAAUCGCGCAAGACGCCGGAUUCAGCAAACUUGUGGAGUUCCUCGAGCCGCGCUUUGCCAUGCCCAGUCGCAAGUAUUUCUCUGAUGUUUGCCUCCCCGAGUUGUACAGUGUUGUUUAUGAACACGUCGAGAAGCUAAUUUCUGAUGCUGUAGCCAUUAGCUUCACGACAGAUAUCUGGUCUUCAAGCGUUAGCCAGGUUAGCAUGCUGAGCUUGACGGCUCAAUGGCUGGACCCGGACUUUAAGCUCGUCAAGACUGUGCUUCAUUCUCAAGAGUGCCGUGGGUCUCACACGGCACAAGCGAUCACAUGUGCCUUUGAAAAGAUGUUUGAAACAUGGAAAAUCUCCAAGGAGAGGGUGCAUGUAAUAGUUCGGGACAACGCACGCAACAUGGCUAAAGCUACGUCGGAGUUUGGUGUGCUAAGUCUGCCCUGCAUGGCACACACCUUGCAGCUGGCAGUGAACGGAGGUGCCCUGUCUCAACGCAACAUAGCAGAUGCUCUGGCUGUGGGUAGACGUGUGAUAGGCCACUUCAAACACUCACCACUGGCUUGCAGUCGUUUUGAAGACAUACAAAAAGAACUCAACAUGCCUGUGAAAAAGCUGCAACAGGAUGUAUCCACUAGGUGGAAUUCCACCUAUUAUAUGAUGCAGAGACUGGUGGAGCAGAAGAGAGCAUUGAGUGCAUAUGCUGCAGAUUAUGAACUCCCAGCAACAUUGAAUGCAACUCAGUGGGGGAUUCUGGAGAAGAUGACCAACCUCCUGGAACCAUUUGAACAACUUACCAAAGACAUCAGCUCUGCGGAGGCCACUGCUGCAGAUGUCAUCCCUGCUGUGAUGUCCCUCACACAGCUGCUGGCCAGGGUUGAUGAGUCAGACAAGGGUGUGCAAACGGCCAAACGUACUCUACUCGAAGCUGUCUGUAAUCGCUUUAAUGGUGUUCAAAGUGAACCACUGUAUGCCAUUGCAACCUUGGUUGAUGCUCGUUACAAAGAUCGGUAUUUUGACUCAGACAAGAAGGGGGAAGCACUGAAUAUGCUGCUGAGUGUUGUGGAUGAAAUGGCUGGUGGUGGUAACGAUCAGCAGGAAGAGACUGCUGGUGCCAGUGCAGAUGACCCAAGCCAGGAGGACGGGGACCCAAGACAAGAGGAAAGGAACCCAAGACAGGAGGACGGGAACCCAAGACAGGAGGACGGGAACCCACCACCUAAGAAGGCCCGAAAUGAAAGCCUGCAGGACAUGUACCAAGAAAUCCUGGGAGAGAAUGAUAUCAUCACUCAAGCAACUACAGGCGAAACAGCUUCACAGGUGCAUACAUACCUGGGAGAAGUCCUCAUCCUCAAGAAAGAAUGCCCUUUGAGCUACUGGAAGAGCAACCAGGCCCGCUUCCCUGCUCUUGCCCGUGUAGCACGCAAGUACCUCACUGCACCCUGCACCAGUGUAGACAGCGAACGGCUGUUCAGUGCUGUCUCGCAUGUCAUCGACGAGAAGAGGAAUCUUAGUUUGGCUCGUCACAGUCAUUCCAGAUUUACAGCUGAAAUGGUCAGAGAGAUGCUAAAUGAAGAACAGGAUGAAGAUGAAGUAAUUCUUGAUCCUGAUUCUGAGUCUGACAUCUCUGAUGCUGAUGACCUAGACUAUGUGCCACAGGGUCAAGCUGGAGUUGUGGGCGUGUCUAGAAAUCAAGCUCUCAUAGAUGAAGAAGACUCCUUGGAAGAGAUCGAAGACUCGUCUGAUGAGUCCUCUGAAGAGGAAACUCAGACCCAGGCCAAUAGACUGAGUAAAAAGGGGUCUUACAGGAAUGACCCAUGUGUGUAA